AUGACCCUCAAUAGUUGGUCAGAUGAGAUGAAACCAGAAAUAUUGGAGAGCGAAGUGAGAUGGGCUCUAGGAUGUCUUGCAGAUAACAAGGCUGCAAGAGUUGAUGAAAUCCCAAUUGAACUAUUCAAAAUUCUGCAAGAUGAUGCUGUGAAAUUUCUGCUUGCCUUAUGCCAACAAAUGUGGAAAACUCAACAGCAGCCAAAAGACUGGAAACGGUCAGUCUACAUCCCAAUCCCAAAAAAAGGCAAUGCCAAAGAGUGCUUCAAUUAUCGAACAAUUGCACUAAUUUCACAUGCCAGCAAGCUAAGAUCCUACAAGCUCGACUUCCCGGUCCAAACAAUAUAUGGACCGGAAUUACCAUAUGUACAAGCUGGGUUGUGCAAAGGACGAGGCACUAGAGAUCAAAUUGCAAAUGUACAAUGGAUAAUAGAAAAAGCCAGAGAGUUCCAGAAAAACAUCUACUUCUGCUUCAUAGAUUAUUCUAAAGCCUUUGACUGUGUGGAUCAAAACAACAUGUGGCAAGUUCUUAAAGAGAUGGGAGUACCAGAUCAUCUCAUCCGCCUCCUGAGGAAUCUGUAUGUGGACCAAGAAGCCACCGUCAGAACCGAUCAUGGGACAACAGAAUGGUUCAAGAUCGGGAAAGGAGUGCGACAAGGUUGUAUAUUGUCAACUUAUUUAUUCAACUUAUAUGCGGAAUACAUAAUGUGUAAUGCUGGGCUGGAUGAAUCCAAAGCUGGAAACAAUAUUUCAGGAAGAAAUAUCAACAACCUCAGAUAUGCGGAUGGUACUACUCUGAUGGAUGAAAGUGAAGAAGAACUAAAGCACCUGUUGAUAAGUUUUAAAGAAGAGAGUGCAAAAGCUGGCUUGCUGCUUAACGUUAAAAAGACUAAGAUCAUGGCAAACAGCAAUCUUAGUUCUUGGCAAAUAGAUGGGGAAGAAGUGGAGGCAGUGACAGAUUUUAUUUUCCUGGGAUCCAAGAUCUCCUUAGAUUGUGACUGUAGUCAUGAAAUUAAAAGACGUUUGCUUCUGGGGGGGAAAGCUAUGGACAAGCUGAUAAAAACUAAACAUAUUACACUAUCAACAAAGGUCUGCAUAGUCAGAGCUAUAGUAUUCUCAGUAGUAACAUACGGAUGUGAGAGCUGGACUAUAAAGAAGGCUGAGCGUCACAGAAUUGAUGCCUUUGAACUAUGGUGUUUGAAAAUGCUUAGAAUCCCUUGGAUUGCAAGAAGAUCCAAUAAAUCUGUACUACAGGAAAUCAAAACAAACUGUUCACUGGAAGCUAUGAUCAUGAGGCUGAAGCUCAAAUAUUUUGGCCAUAUAAUGAGAAGGCAUGAUUCUCUAGAGAAGACUCUGAUGUUGGCAAAGAUUGAAGGCACACGAAGAAGGGGAUAA